AUGUGCGCCGACGCGCAGAUUGGGAUUCGGGAAGCAAUGUGCGCCGACGCGCAGAUUGGGAAAGCAAUGUGCGCCGAGGCGCAGAUUGGGAUUCGGGAGCAAUGUGCGCCGACGCGCAGAUUGGGAAGCAAUGUGCGCCGAGGCGCAGAUUGGGAUUCGGGAGCAAUGUGCGCCGACGCGCAGAUUGGGAUUCGGGAGCAAUGUGCGCCGACGCGCAGAUUGGGAUUCGGGAGCAAUGUGCGCCGACGCGCAGAUUGGGAUUCGGGAGCAAUGUGCGCCGACGUGCUGAUUGGGAGCAAUGUGCGCCGACGCGCAGAUUGGGAUUCGGGAGCAAUGUGCGCCGACGCCCAGAUUGGGAUUCGGGAGCAAUGUGCGCCGACGCGCAGAUUGGGAAGCAAUGUGCGCCGAGGCGCAGAUUGGGAUUCGGGAGCAAUGUGCGCCGACGCGCAGAUUGGGAUUCGGGAGCAAUGUGCGCCGACGCGCAGAUUGGGAUUCGGGAGCAAUGUGCGCCGACGCGCAGAUUGCGAUUCGGGAGCAAUGUGCGCCGACGCGCAGAUUGGGAUUCGGGAGCAAUGUGCGCCGACGCGCAGAUUGGGAUUCGGGAGCAAUGUGCGCCGACGCGCAGAUUGGGAUUCGGGAGCAAUGUGCGCCGACGCGCAGAUUGGGAUUCGGGAGCAAUGUGCGCCGACGUGC